GUUCUUCCUCCUCGCGGUAGGAGGAAAGGAGGAGUAGCCUUACUUCCCAUUCCAUCCAUCCAUCCAUCGUCUUCUCCAAUUAAUUCCCCAUUCCCAUCCACGACCCGACCUCGCAGAAGGAGGAGAAGCAGGCACAGCCCGACCUCGCCUCCAAUCCAAUUCCUCCUCUCCACCUCCAAUUCAAUCCCGCCACCACAUCGGAGCGGAAUCCAUGGACUGCGAGCCGGAGGAGCUGCAGUUCCUGGGCGUCGUGGGCGUCUACCGCGCCUCCGCUCAGAUCCUGCGCGGCCCCCACCGCCCGCUCUUCGCCCGCAUCGCCGCCGCCUUCGUACUCCCGCUCUCCGCCCUCUUUCUCCUCCACAUCGCCAUCUCCCACGCCCUCUUCACCCACAUCGACUCCGACGACACCGCCCUCGACUCCACCGCCCCGGGCACCGCGCAGCGGGACCGCCUCCUCAGCCGCCUCGCCUCCGACUGGGCGGCCCUCCUCCUCUUCAAGGCCGCCUACCUCCUCGCGCUCCUCCUCUUCUCGCUCCUCUCCACCGCCGCCGCCGUCUUCUCCGUCGCCUCCGUCUACUCCGCCAAGCACGACGCGCUCUCCUUCCCGCGCAUCCUCUCCGUCGUCCCACGCGUCUGGCGCCGCCUCGCUGCCACCUUCCUCGCCGCCUUCGCGCUCCUCUUCGCCUACCACGCCGCCUUCCUCCUCCUCUUCCUCGCGCUCCUCGUCGCCGCCGACAACGGCUCCGGCCUCGCCACCCUCACGGCCUUCCUCCUCGUCCUCGCCUACCUCGCCGGCCUUGUCUACCUCAGCGUCGUUUGGCACCUCGCCAGCGUCGUCUCCGUGCUCGAGGACUACAAGGGAUUCCACGCCAUGCGCAGGAGCAAGGACCUCAUCAGGGGCAAGCUCCCCACCGCCGCAGCCAUCUUCUGCACUCUCAACCUCGUCUUCGCCGUCGUCGAGGUCGCCUUCCGCGCCUGGGUCGUCCGGGGAGCGAGCCACGGCGUCGGCGCCGGCGGCAGGCUCUUCCUGGGCCUCCUCAUGCUCGCGGCGCUGUGCGCGGUUGUGAUGCUGGCGCUGGUCACGCAGACGGUGGUGUACCUGGUGUGCAAGAGCUACCACCAUGAGAGCAUCGACAAGGCCAACAUCUCCGACCACCUCGAGGUCUACCUCGGCGACUACGUCCCGCUCAAGGCCUCCGACGUGCAGAUGGAGCAAUUCCAGGUCUGAUCGACUGCCUCCCUCUCCAUGGCUGUGCUCUGCUUCUACUCUCGAGCAAUUCCAGGUCUUGUCUUUGGAAUCUGUAAUUUUACAUGAACAUAGAUACUACUCAUAGAAUUGGGAUGUAGAUGGUAGUAUUGGUGGGGGGAAUGAAUAAUCAUGAGUUGUGUGCUUGUUGUAACUUGUAAGGCUUGUUGUAGCUUUUGCUGGUUUUAACUUUUAAUUCACACGACAAGAAGAAUGAACAUAAAGGAAAUGAAGGUAGGUUAAUUCUUCAGUUCCUUAGUGAUACUCAAUUUAUGAAUAUACUCAAUUUAUCAACUUAGAA